GUAUUGCAAAGUGUUGAUCAUAAGUCUCUCAUUGCUGUGGCAGCUCCUGUACUGUCUUUUGCAGCGAGGCUGUUGGUGUGUACAGGUACUAGAAGUAGUCUCCAGAUCUCUGAUCCAGCCAUUCAGACCUCUGAGUAUGUCCCUCUGGGGGUCUGCCAAAAGGUAUGUCUUUCAACUCCCCUUCGAGGAACUGUUCAUCUGAAAACUCUGAACAUGAGCAGGCCUCAGGAUAGGCGGCCAUAUUGGGCCCAGCUGCGCCAUGUGCCUGCCUCAAGAGGUCCCCAAUAUUUAAGCCCAUCCGUAACUUUUCAGCUUUCUGUUGUUUGGUCUUUUGACCAAUAAUUGUGGCAUUAAUUACCUCCACUGAGCCGCGUAGACCCUCUCCUGCUGCGUGGUCCGACUGCUCCACGCGACUGUGCAGCACACUGAGGGAAACUCACCUCUUGCCACAUGGUGCAAUCGCUCCAUGGCCGUGUGGCAGGACAUCUAUAUACAGGUGUGGACGUGACUUCACGCCCACUCUUAAAGUGACCACGUCAUCAUUGCGAUCCAAAUCUGUUUUGGAUCGCAGUGAUGACGUUGACCCAUUGUUGAAUGGGUAAGGCAGUGGCUGAGUGACAGGCAACAGAGGGUUGUAGUUAAUGGAAUAUAUUCGAAGCUUGGACUUGUCACCAGUGGGGUACCUCAGGGAUCUGUAUUUGGACCCAUUCUCUUUAAUAUUUUUAUUAGUGAUAUUGCAGAAGGUCUUGAUGGUAAGGUAUGUAUUUUUGCUGAUGAUACUAAGAUAUGUAACAGGGUUGAUGUUCCAGGAGGGAUAAGCCAAAUGACAAAUGGUCAGAAUUGUGGCAACUGACAUUUAAUGUGGAUAAGUGCAAGAUAAUGCAUCUUGGACGUAAAAACCCAAGGGCAGAGCACAGAAUAUUUGAUAGAGUCCUAACCUCAACAUAUGAGGAAAGGGAUUUAGGGGUGAUUAUUUCUGAUGACUAAAAGGUAGGCAGACAAUGUAAUAGAGCAGCAGGAAAUGCUAGCAGAAUGCUUGGUUGUAUAGGGAGAGGUAUUAGUAGUAGAAAGAGGGAGGUGCUCAUGCCAUUGUACAGAACACUGGUGAGACCUCACUUGGAGUAUUGUACGCAGUACUGGAGACCGGAUCUUCAGAAGGAUAUUGAUACCUUAGAGAGGGUUCAGAGAAGGGCUACUAAACUGGUUCAUGGAUUGCGGGAUAAAACCUACCAGGAAAGGUUAAAGGAUCUUAAUAUGUAUAGCUUGGAGGGAAGACGAGAGAGGGGAUAUGAUAGAAACAUUUAAAUAUAUAAAGAGAAUCAACACAGUAAAGGAGGAGACUAUAUUUAAAAGAAGAAAAACUACCACAACAAGAGGACAUAGUCUUAAAUUAGAGGGACAAAGGUUUAAAAAUAAUAUCAGGAAGUAUUACUUUACUGAGAGGGUAGUGGAUGCAUGGAAUAGCCUUCCAGCUGAAGUGGUAGAGGUUAACACAGUAAAGGAGUUUAAGCAUGCGUGGGAUAGGCAUAAGGCUAUCCUAACUAUAAGAUAAGACUAGGGACUAAUGAAAGUAUUUAGAAAAUUGGGCAGACUAGAUGGGCCGAAUGGUUCUUAUCUGCCGUCACAUUCUAUGUUUCUAUGUAGCAUAGGUAAGCCUAUUUAAAGGCUUCUUUUAGCCCCCAUUCAUUGCCCUAUCGUUGUUUCUGUUAGAGCCUUGUUUAAGGCUCCUAGUGAUUCUCUUGUGAUUGCCUGUGUUUGACCUCAGCUUCGUAUUUGACUCGUGAUUUCUGGUAUCCUGACCUCGGCUUUGUCAUGACUUUGUCUUGACUCUUGUUGUUUAGUUACGUUAAGUCCGGCAAUUCUAAGGCUCUGUAAUGCGUCUUUUGGAUCCACCUUUUGUAGUUUCCUCUUUCCUGCGUGUUGGGUUACGACUCCUGUCACAAUAAUGACUUUCAAGCUACUAGGAUAUUCUUCCAAAAUCUCAAAUUCCGUUUUUCACUUCUACAAUGAGAAUUAAAAGGGUUCAGCAGAGCAGACCUCUUGGUAGAUGCAACCAUUCAGCUCAAUUGCUUGACUCUGCCCCUGCUUUGUUCUGUUUUUAAACGCUUGUAAAUGUAAACCGUCAUAGUUGGUAGAUAUAUGUAAUGAUUAUGGUGCUAGGAGGGUUCCUUUUAAUAAAGAUUUGCUAGAUAACUAAAGCUUUAUCUUAUGGAAUUAGCUUCUAGGAACCAGCAACAUUUUCAGCAUUUCCUAAAAGUGUAGGUUCAAUAAACAAGCUUCGUGAACAAAGAAUUGAGCCUAUUAUGUAAAUGAAAAUUAUGUUCGGUUAGUAAAUAACUAGACAUAAUGCUGCAGAUUUAUACUAUUACGUUUUUGUGUUUGCAUUUUUUUUGUUUUGUUUUUACAUAUCUCUCCACAUUUACUGCUAAAAAAAAAAAAUCUCUUCCCAUGAUUAUUCCAUUUAAAGGCAUUGUUUAAAUAAAUCCAGUAUUUUCUCUACUUGCCUUUGAAUGUUGCAGUCUUAAGAGCAAUGGAUUAUUGAUUUCUAUAGAGCCAGAAAAUGUCUUUGUAAAUAUGGUUUUGAUGAUUGUUGAAAAAUAAACAAAUGAUUAUUUCACAGGAAUGCAAACCCCCAAAAAGGAUUGCUCGUAGAGAAAAUCAUUAUAAAAAUGACAAGAUAUUUAUACAAUGUUAAAAGAAAUACUUAGAAAGACACUAUAUAAAGUGCAAACUACUCUUAACAAGAAGCAAUCAUUAAUCAUAUAUCAAACAAAAUAUGCUUCAAUACUGUGUGUGUGUGUGUGUGUGUGUGUGUAUAUCAGUAUAUAUGUACUCUUUUCUGUUUUAAAGGACCACUCUAGGCACCCAGACCACUUCAGCUUAAUGAAGUGGUCUGGGUGCCAGGUCCAGCUAGGCUUAACCCAUUCUUUUAUAAACAUAGCAGUUUCAGAGAAAGCCUCAUUGACAGUCGCUAGAGGCGCUUGCGUGCUUCUCACUGUGAUUUUCACAGUGAGAGCACGCAAGCGUCCAUAGGAAAGCAUUGUAAAUUCUUUCCUAUGCGACCGACUGAAUGCGCGCGCAGCUCUUGCCGCGCGUGCGCAUUCAGCCGACGGGGAGGAACGGAGGCGGAGAGGAGGAGGAGAGCCUCGCGCUGGAAAAAGGUAAGUUUUAACCCCUUUCCCCCUUCCAGAGCCAGGCGGGAGGGGGUCCCUGAGGGUGGGGGCACCCUCAGGGCACUAUAGUGCCAGGAAAAUGAGUAUGUUUUCCUGGCACUAUAGUGGUCCUUUAAGUUUUGGGCAAACUCGUGUAUGGAAACUUGGUAUUUCUGGAAUAUGAACAAGUUGAAUAUAAAUGUGUUGGGGCCUUGAUUUUAUAUUUGAUUGUAAAGUAGAAGAGGGGGAGAAUAUCUAAAAUGAAUAUAAAUUACUGGAUGGAACACUCUGUCCACCUAUGUUAUUUAGUGUCUAGGCUGUAGUAAAUUAAUCUUGCUUUCUGUUUUAUACAAUGAGUACCCUAUUUAAUAGCAUUAUAGAUAAUUUCCAAAACAGACAAAUUCAGGCUUCUGUCUUGCAGCUUGUAAUAAAUAUAUUCAAAUUAUCACAUGUUCUUUGAUAUGGAGAAAGCCCGGGUUUCAGACUGGACAUUGGGCAGACCGCCAAAUACACAGUGGGUCUCCAACAGAGGAAAUUAAAGGAUCUCCCAUGCAGUCAGGCCAACUUUUUAAUGGACUAGUAUAGAGAACCCCCACCAGCUCAGUGCAACCUAUUGCUAGUGGUGGCUGUGGAGACUCUAACCUCUGCUGGGUACAGACUGAGUAUUGCCAUUCAAGGAAUUGCUGCAGGUUACCACAGCCUUGCUCAGAGAUUGUGACAGUAUUGGAGCUCAUGAGAUGCACAUGUUUAGAGUCAAUCAGUGGACCAGCAUGGAUCAUCAUGUUUCCCUCCCUGGCCAAAGGUAUGUUCUUCCUUACUUUGAGUGUUCUGUUAAAGCAGAAGGCAAUCUUUAUCAUCUAGAAGAAAUUGAUUCAGCACAUCUCUGAGAAUCAUUCUAUGGGCACAGAUCGUAAAUUGCGGUGCUUUUUGUAAGAAAACUCUGCAUUUCCGAGACUUUUUCGAACACUACUCCGCAUGUCUUCCCAGUUUUUGUUUAUUUGUUCUGUAGUUUAAAACUACCAAACCACCGACCGCCCACCUGGCUCGUUAUCAUCAAUGGAAACCAUCAAUUAAGCGCUCUCCCUGUGUGGUGGCCAUCUUGUUUUCACAAAAAGAAGCAGUGGGACUUGGUCGUUGAGUGUAUGGAAGUAAAAUCGGACACUCUACUUGCUGAACUAUAUGAACGUCUGCUUCCUUUUCCCGAACAGCUAGGAGAGCAGUGUGCGGUAGUUUAGUUCCCAAAAACCAGGGGAACAAUCGCUACUAUGAGCCAGGGGAUUCCAUUUGUGCAUUAUUUCGUUUUUGUGACUUGUCGAAAUAGACCGACCGCACAGCCUAAACUCAUGGAACUGUUUCUGGGCAGGAGCUUCUUGUGCGGUCGGUCCAAAUUGGACUUCCAUAAAAUUUGAAAACCCCUGAACUGGUCUGGGUGAUUUUUUUUUUUGAUAUGUUGGUCACCCAGAUCAGAGCUAUCUGGGGAUAUGACAUUUAUGGGGAUAUUGAAUGUAUUGGGGUAAUUUUCAAGUUUUGUGAAAAUGUUUUUUCUGCAUCGAGAUAAUUAAUUUAUUACUUUAUCUGACUCAAUUAUCUCCAGGCAGAGAGGAGGGAAUUGCUUGUUUGUAUUGAGAGUGUCACAGUUUGUCACUGCAUUAUUAUUGGCUGUACUCCCCACAAGGUCCACGGGGGAGUGCCCCUUGCAUGGGGAGAUGUAUAAGAGCCAGUGUGGCACCAAUAAAGCUUUAGUCUUGUUACAUCCUUCAUCAAGUUUCGGCUGAUGUUUGGGUACCUGGUCACUGCAUUGGGAGAAUCUACUGGGAAAACUGUAUCUGUAUACAUCAUGCUUGUAGAUGGACGUAACCAGUUAGUUGAACUUAAAUAUAAAAAAAAGUAACUUUUUUUUCUAACUUGGAUGUAUUAAGCAUUUGCCACUGAAAAGAGAAGUUUACACCCAGGUGCGGCAGGUAUAACUUUAGUCCAAUAGUGAUGGGUGAUGACUUUUACCAUCUGUUUUGUGGAAGCUGCUGGUAAUUGGCAAGGAUAGGGAAAGACAUUUUCGUGAUUACAAACUAUUUACUAAAUGAUCCAGGGCCAACAUGGUUAAGAAUCGAAAGUCUGUAUAGGUUCCCUUGUGGGACUGCCAUAUUUAAGGGCCAUAUUUAAGGGUACCAAAUUAGGUAGCUAUUUAGUAGAUGGCAGUCCCACAUAAGGAUUGGGGAGCCAUCUACUAAGAAGCUGAAAGACCUAAAUUCUGGAUGGCCCUAACUUUGUUUAGUAAUUUUUAUCUUUCAGACAACUUUAUUAAUACUAAGUAAAACAUUUAAAGUAACAGUAUAGGGUCAGGAACACAGGGGAUAAAACUAACUUUUUUUUUUUUUUUUUUUAAGCGCCGCACGGGUCCGCUGUGCCGGCCUGCCCUGAUCCACCUCCUUGCUGACAUCAUGAAAAU